AUGGACCAAAUCAGUCAACUGAGGACAGAACGAUUUCAUCAAUCCGUGCCGGUUUUGGAUACCGAACAAUGUUCGGAAGUUGGGUAUAGGGCGAAAAGGACGACAAAAUGGAGGAGGCGAGGCGAUGCAGCCAUGAUACAUACGAUAUCCGUAUUUUAUGCGAAAAUUCUGGUCAUUUUGGGAAUAGCAUUGCCAGUAACGGACGCUAUAGCCACUUCCAACCACGACACUUUUGAUGGUUUUUAUGUCUACUUGUAUGUGGGAAGCAUUCUAUUUUUGCUGUACAUGUAUGUAAUUCAAGUGAAAGAAAAAUCUAUUCAAGAAAGAUGGUUGUACACUGCAUAUCAAGAGGGAUCUAACGAGCCCAAUGAGGGACAGCGUCUGAAACGGAAUUCGCAUGUUCGUUAUGGUAGUUUUUACUUUAGGAUGGGAGUAACAGGUUUCGGUAUUGGUUCUGUAAUUUAUUCCGCUUUGCAGUUUGGCGAAUAUUGGGAGCUAUCAUCGGAAGGGGAUUGCGAUAAUUUGCUGAAAGCAAUUAAACCCAUGUUAAGGAUCGUUUUUGUAUUAAUGGAAAUGUUAUUCAUAUUUUCGCAUACAAAUUUUUUAGGAGUUAUGAGAAGCAAAUUUAUCGCGAACUUCGGCCUGAUGCACAUGAUAGCGACCAACCUCUGCGAAUGGUUCUACGUGUUGGUGCUAGACACCAAAGGAGACAUCUACAGGUCAGCGCAAAAGAGACAACAGAUCGCAGCCAGGGACAACCAGACCCUGUCCACGGGCGACUUCCAGUUCAUAAAUUCCAACAGUUUCCUCAUAACGAAGAACUUCUACGAGCACAAGUCCAAUUGCAUGCAAUCCAAUAUAAUGGAGCCGAUUUUGACCAAAGUUCAGGGAUUUCUGUCGCCCUGCACGGUCGAGUACAGCCUGCUGUGCGCCGUGAUUUUGGCGCUUAUGUGGAAGAAUAACUGUGCAAAUGACGGCGAGAGAGAAGCAACUCAAGACCUUUCAACAGAAAUAUCAGGACAAAGUGGUUGUAAUGUAAUUUACGGUAGAAGUCACAGUCAAUUUUCCGUCGAUUGCGCCCAAGCCCAUAAAGGACUCUUCAGCGGGAUCCUGGCGCUCGCCGUAACAAUCAUCAGUUUAAUAAUGUUUUUUGAGCUCGUCGGCUACAAAGAAUUCAAAGACGCCACGGUUUUCCAAGUCAACGUAUGGGAGGCCAUAUUAUUUUGGACAGCAACAAUCGCUGCCGUAUCCUGCAUGGCAGCCUUGAGGGACAUUAGCUUUGUAAAAGAAAAACGGGGAUUAGAAUUGGAACAUCUGCUUCUUUUGGUAACGCAAUCUGGACUUUUCAUGUACUUUCUAUUUCAAAUAAUUGGGGGCUUUCUCAUGGGGACCAAGAAGGGAAAAGGUGGAAUAAUGAGAAUAAUUACGCCUUUGUCGGCUCUGAUCCAGAGUUGUUGCCAGACUGUUUUGGUUUUUGAUGCCUGGCGGAGACGAUGUCGCACGGAAACCCAAAUGCGUAAGAAACCAGGGAGGCAACUAAUUACUUUUUUGCUUGUUAUAAACAUAUGUUUAUGGAUUGUGAACAGACUUAAAAAUAAUCGAUCGGUCUCCCACCCGAACCAGAUGGACUUUUACGGCAUAUUGUCCUGGAAUAUAAUCACUCACGUGUCGAUGCCACUGGUGGUCUCUUACCGAUUUCAGUCGACAGUCUGUUUUUACGAAAUAUGGAAACACGUGUACAAAAUGCGACCGGUUAAAGGGGAGUUAAGCGACUGUGAGGAUGAUCAGUAAUCCGGAAUAUAUUCCGGUAAAAGCUGAUUCGAUUGUGUGACAUCAGCAGUCUCAUCUCACGUGCAUGGACCUUCUAUAGCGAAAGUAACAAAUACAUUUUAUUAAAAACUUGAAAUGAUUUAAAAAUAUAUGUAAAA